AUGAGUCAAUCUGCUUACCAAUCCACUAUAGAGGAUCUCCCCGAUAUAACCACCUCUACCAAUGUUACCGUUCUGAAAGAAAUCUUUGGUCUCGGGCUUUUUAUAAACAUAGCAGCUACAGGUCCAUGCAGAUUAUACGUUACUGAUUUCACUGCUAACCCACGGGUGGUUAAUUCCUUUCUUGACAGUUUUUUAGUUGACGAAUUUGAAAUACCUACAGAACGAAUCUUUCUAAUUGAUGUAUAUAAAGAGAAAUUGAAAGGGCUAAUUGAUGAGUAUGAAAGACGAUAUAGAGAACCUUUAUUAGAAAACGAUGUAAGACCACCUUUUAGAAUUUCAGAUAAAAUAUGCAUUGUUAAGGCAACGGUGGUAUUGAAGAAGUUCAACAAUAUCUUGGAAGGCAGAGCCAGAAGUGUCAGGUUGGUUAAUGAAGGAGAUUUUAAGUCGAGUGAGAAUUUGCAGAAGUUGUAUGCUAACAUUUGUAAACUACCCAAAGAAUUCUUUAAAGAAAAUUUGACUAGGGCGAAGACUGUAAUACCAAGUGUGUACUUGGAGCCGGUUUUGGCAUCCUUGGGAGAUAAGAAUUCAAAUAUCAAUGGAAAUAGUGAUACUAGCACUAAUCCAAAAUCUAAUGUAAACUCUAAUACGGGGUCGGUGAUUAAUGAUUCACAACCACGACAGACAUACGUGAAGACGGAAGAAGUAACAGAAAACAUGAUUCCUGAUACAUUAUUUCCUAAUGAUUACGUGGAUACAGCACACCAAUCAUUAGAUGCUGAUAUUCAGCAACGAGAAAAUGAAAUGGACUAUGAAAACAAUAGCUUCCCGAACCCAGCUCAUGGUGCCUUCUCACAUGGAUACUCACAACAAGGACACUCACAACGAGAACUCUCACAACAAGCCUACUAUUCAUUGAAACAACUUAAUGAUUAUCAUAGUUACGGAAUCGAUAAUGAGGUAUACAGAGUUAGAGGGAAAAUUCUUGGUUGCAAUCCAUCUGACUGGUCCCAGGUUUGUAUCAAGAAAUAUGAACAUGACUCGUUUAAGAAUAAGGUAGUCUUGAGUGAUCCUUACAUGAGGAAUUUGGAGAUUAUAUUGUGUGAUCAAAUCCCUUUAAACAGCCAAGAAGAAGUAUUGUUGGACUCUGAUAACUCAAUCACCAUUGUCCUAGAUCAAGAACAAAUUGCGCAAGCAUUAAAUACUGAAGCUAUAGAACUGGCUUAUACGAUAAUAUCCAAAUUAAAUAAAAAGUCAUUCACUAACGAAAUUCUUGAAUUUGAGCUAUAUAAGAAGUCGGUGCAUAUAAAUGCGAAAAAUCAAUUCCUUAUUUGGUCGGCUAGAAAUGUUUCAUUUGACGUUAUUAUGAAAUAA